AUGACCGGCGUGACGGGCCUGCUGGGCAAGGUGGUCCUCCACAAGCUCCUCUCCGUCCUCCCCGACCUCCCCGACCCCUCGCCGUCGCACCAUCAAGCCGGCGGUGGCGAAGAUGGCGAAAGCCACGGCGGUGCCGAUGCCGCUGAGCUGGGCUGCCGCAUCAUGGUGCUGGUGCGGCCCAAGGCCGCGGCCAAGAAGGGCGGCGACGCCGUGCCCGGGCGCGUGCGGUUCGCGCGCGAGGUGCUGACCAGUCCGCCCCUCCAGAGCCUCCUCACCACCCGCCCCUCCCUCGCCCGCUACAUCCACGUGGUGGAGGGCGAUAUUGGUGAAGAGGGCCUGGGCCUGUCGGAGGCCGACCACAACUUGGUCACGUCCCAGGUGACGGUGAUUUUGCACAUGGCGGCCACCACCCGCUUCACGGAGCACAUCCAGCUGGCCAUCCAAAUGAACGCCCUCGGCGGCCUGCGCGUGCUCCGCUUGGCCAAGCAGUGCGCCCGCCUCCGCGCGCACGUGCACGUGUCGACGUGCUACGUCAACUGCACGCUGUCGGGGCCACCGGGCUCCGAUCCCCGCGAGAUCGACGAAACUAUCUACCCCAUCCGCACCCUCAUGCAGCGACACAUGGAUCCCUACAAGACGGUGAGCACGAUCGAGGGGAUGACCUACGAGCACGCCGAGAAGAUGACCCGCAAGAUCAUCAGCCCGUACCCCAACACCUACACCUUCUCCAAGAUGCUGGGCGAGCAGAUGCUCCAGAAGGAGAAGGGCUCCGUCCCGCUCUGCAUCGUGCGGCCCGCCAUCAUCGGCCCCGCCGUGCGCGACCCCUUCCCGGGCUGGGUCGACUCCCUGAUCGGCCCCGCCGGCGUGUGUUUGGCGGGUGGUAUGGGUGUGCUGCACGUGAUGCGAGGCAAGAGCCGGCAGGUGGCCGACCUCAUUCCGGUGGACUACGUGUGCAACACCAUCCUCACCGCCGCCUGGCACACCGCCCGAAACCCGCCCGGCCGCCGCAUCCCCAUCUUCCACUCCGCCUCCUCCGGCAAGAACCCGACGGACUGGUGGACGAUCAUUACGGUGGGCAUCCAGUGGUUCCGACGGAACCCGAUCAAGCACGAGCUCAAGCAGUUCCCGUUCGCGUUCGUGGUCAACAACUUCUGGCUCUUCCUCAUCGCCCACAUCAUCUUCCACACGACGCCGGCCGCCAUCGGCGACGUCCUCCGCAUGCUGCAGGGCCGCAACGCGAAGCUGGUGGCGGGCUCGAACCACCUCUACACGGUCAUCACCCAGCUCACGCCCUUCACGUCGCGCCAGUGGCAAUUCCUGGCCGACAACGUCGACACCAAGCUGCUGGCCUCCAUGUCCGAGCAGGACAAGAACAUCUUCGAGAUCGAGGUCCGCAAGAUCGACUGGGAGAUCUACACCAUCACCCUGGCCAAGGGUCUGGUGCAGUUCCUGCUCAAGGAGGAACUCACGAACAACCUCGCCGCCGCCAUCCUGGAAAAGAAGAAGUUCACGGCCGCCCUGUGA